AUGUCAAUGGAGGCCACAUUGUCCGCCGCGACGCCCACAACGGCAGCUCUCCUUGCCGCCUCCAAAUCCCUCAACCGCCGACUCGCCAGGACCUUCCUCAGUCAACGCCUCCCCAGUCGUCUCCUUGCUCGCAGGCACCUCACUUCCCUUCACACCAACUACUACGGCUUUCAGACCCCUAAACCUAAUCCUCUCUCUUCCUUGUCUCUGAGGAGUCUCUGCGUCGUUGAUCCGCUCUUACGGCGCCGUUUAGAGUGUGUUGGUAGCUCCGCUGCUUCAUUUGCCUCUGGUGGUGGAAAUGGUGGCUUUGGCGGAGAGAGUGGCGGCAGCGGCGGUGACGGCGAGGGAGGUUCCGGCGGCGGCGAUGCCAAGUCCAAGUUUGUUGCUGCUGGAGGCGAUGAGGUUUCGGUGCUCUCCACUGAUGUCAUUAUUCUCGAUGUUGGAGGAAUGACAUGUGGGGGAUGUGCAGCCAGUGUGAAGCGAAUUCUAGAAAAUCAACCUCAGGUGUCGUCUGCGAGUGUAAAUCUCACAACAGAGACGGCAAUUGUGUGGCCUGUGUCCGAAGCGAAGGCUGCACCAAACUGGCAAAAGCAGCUAGGAGAGACACUUGCAAACCAAUUGACCAGUUGCGGUUUCAAGUCUAACCUUCGUGAUUCAGGACGAGACAAUUUUCUCAAAGUUUUUGAAAGGAAAAUGGAAGAAAAGCGUAAACGCCUAAAAGAAAGUGGAAAUGAGCUUGCAUUCUCUUGGGCUCUGUGUGCUGUCUGCCUAGUUGGCCAUGCAUCUCAUUUCUUUGGGGCUAAGGCACCAUGGAUCCAUGCGCUUCAUUCGACAGGAUUCCAUUUGUCCUUAUGUCUAUUUACAUUGCUUGGUCCUGGGCGUCGACUUAUCUUUGAUGGUUUGAGGAGUCUUGUUAAAGGGGCUCCAAACAUGAAUACUUUGGUUGGUCUAGGGGCCUUAUCAUCAUUUACUGUCAGUUCAUUAGCUGCCUUUAUACCAAAACUGGGCUGGAAGACUUUCUUCGAGGAACCAAUUAUGUUGAUAGCAUUCGUCUUGUUAGGGAGGAAUCUUGAACAAAGAGCUAAAAUCAAAGCAAGCAGUGAUAUGACUGAACUUCUUAGUAUUGUACCGUCAAAAGCACGUCUUUUGGUCAAUAACGGUGAACAAGAGUUGGAAUCAGUAGUUGAAGUUUCUACUAACAGCCUCUCUGUUGGAGAUAAAAUUGUUGUACUACCUGGAGACCGUGUUCCAGUAGAUGGAAUUGUUAAAGCUGGUAGGAGUAUCAUUGAUGAGUCAAGUUUUACAGGAGAGCCGUUGCCUGUAACCAAACUACCUGGGAGUCAAGUUGCCGCCGGAAGCAUAAAUCUCAAUGGCACUCUUACAGUUGAAGUACAGAGACCAGGUGGUGAGACUGCUAUGGCAGACAUUGUUCGCUUGGUAGAAGAAGCACAGAGUAGGGAAGCUCCUGUACAGCGCUUGGCCGACAAGGUGUCUGGACAUUUUACAUAUGGAGUAAUGACACUCUCUGCUGCUACAUUUCUAUUUUGGAGCUUGAUUGGUGGUCAUAUUUUACCUGCUGCUUUUCACGGAGGAAAUUCAGUUUCGUUAGCAUUGCAACUCUCUUGCAGUGUACUGGUUGUUGCUUGUCCAUGUGCUCUUGGGCUAGCCACACCUACAGCUGUGCUGGUUGGGACUUCGUUGGGAGCUAAAAGAGGACUACUUUUGCGUGGCGGUAGUAUUUUAGAGAAGUUUUCAAUGGUGAACACUGUAGUGUUUGAUAAAACAGGGACUCUGACAGUGGGCAAACCUGUUGUGACUAAGAUUGUGACUCCUGAACGUUCGAAAGUUACUGACUUAAAAGAAAAGAUAAACCAUACUUGGUCAGAAGUUGAUGUUCUGAAGUUUGCUGCUGGAGUAGAAUCGAAUACAGUUCAUCCUGUUGCAAAAGCUAUUGUGGAAGCUAGUCAGGCUCUUAAUUGUCAGAAUAUGAAGGUUGCAGAUGGAACAUUCUUGGAAGAACCUGGCUCUGGUGCUGUAGCAACUAUUGAGAACAAAAAGGUUUCUGUUGGGACAUUGGAAUGGGUUCAAAGGCAUGGAGUUACUGAGAAUCCAUUUGAAGAAGUAGAAGCCCAUACAAGUCAAUCUAUUGUAUAUGUUGGCAUUGAUAGUAUUCUUGCCGGUCUCAUUUAUUUUGAGGAUCAGAUAAGGGAAGAUGCUGGACAAGUUGUUAAAUCUUUAUCUAAGCAAGGGAUCGAUGUAUACAUGCUAUCUGGGGACAAAAGAAAUAAUGCGGAGUACGUCGCGUCUGCUGUUGGUAUUCCGAAAGAGAAGGUGAUGUCUGGUGUUAAACCGACGGAAAAGAAGAAGUUCAUCAUGGAACUUCAGAAGGAUCAGAACAUUGUAGCAAUGGUUGGUGAUGGAAUUAAUGAUGCUGCAGCAUUGGCUUCAUCACAUGUUGGAAUUGCCAUGGGUGGUGGUGUUGGAGCUGCUAGUGAGGUGUCUUCUAUUGUGCUAUUGGGCAACAGACUUUCACAGUUACUUGAUGCAUUGGAGCUGAGUAGGCUAACUAUGAAGACUGUGAAGCAAAAUCUGUGGUGGGCUUUUGCAUACAAUAUUGUAGGACUUCCAAUUGCUGCUGGAGUGUUGCUUCCAGUAACUGGGACCAUUCUGACGCCGUCAAUUGCUGGAGGCCUCAUGGGCUUGAGUUCUGUAGGGGUUAUGGCAAAUUCAUUGUUUCUGAGAUACAAGUUCUCUAAACAGGAACAAAAAUAUAGUGGAUCUGCUCGCUCCGAAACUAAUGAGGAAUCUGAUCUUCUCAUCGACGUAAGUGCAGAAGAAGAGCAUCCUCCUCCUGAUGGUAAAUGGAAAGAAUAAUACAGCCAACAAAAAGAUCGGCUUCUGCGAGUUCUGCCACUAGAUGUGGAGGAGCAGGGUCAUAACUUGGCGUCAAAUAAGGGUCCGAACCCUUUCAUUUUUCAGAAAAAAGAUUUUUGAAAGACGGGUCAACGACCAAACUCAAUACUGCAUAAGUGAAUUUAGGAAUCCACUGCAGAAUUAGAUAAAAGUUCAAAUUUGAGUAGUGAAGGUAUUUUUCUUGCAGUAUGUUCUGGUGCAAUGUCCGGAUACGAGGUACGAGUUGAGUUCAUGGUUUUGUUCGUGUUCGGAAUUCGCUAGUAACCUAUUGUAGCUAUUCGAUAGGGAGUCGAUAGACAUUAUGAUAUUUCGGCUCGAUUCAUUCUGAACUUGUUUGAGAGUAAUUUGGUCUGAUCGUAAAAUAUUUACAAUGAUACAUUUUAUACAUAUUUAUUUAUUUA